AUGAAUAAUCUGAAACUUGGCGUCGAAGUAAUAAGCGCAAGGCUCAAACCUAGAGAGGAUACUAAUGGCUAUGGUGGUAUUAACGCUUUCGUCGAGCUGCGAUUCGAUGAUCAGAAAGUCAAAACCUCGACUAAAAUCGACGAUUCGAGUCCGGUUUGGAACGAGAAGUUUUUCUUUAACAUCUCUCAUACAGAGGAUUUAUCGAAUCUUGUUCUUGAGGCUUACGUUUACAACAAAACAAGCAACAUAACCAAAUCUUGUCUUGGUAAGAUUCGGAUCUUGGGAACUGCGUUUGUGCCGUAUUCCGAAGCUGUCGGAUUGCAUUAUCCUCUUGAGAAAGAGAAAUGGAGUGUCUUUUCUGCCAUUAGAGGUGAGGUUGCUCUGAAAGUGUUUGUAACUGAUAACCCCUCUCUCAAGGCACCUAAUCUUAGCCCUAUAAAGAAGGUUACUUCUAACACAAGGCACAAACUCCACAACAUCGCCACGGCGGAGAAGAGUAAACCUAGCUUACGAAGAAAUCAGCAAUCGCCUCAACCCCAACCGCUUCAACUGCCACCGGUUAUGGAACCUCCUCGGUUUCAACCGGCGGUAGGCGCAACAAUGGGAUUUAAUCCGAAUCCACCGGAUUAUUCGAUCAAAGAGACGAAUCCGGUUCUUGGAGGAGGCAAAGGAGCAAGAAGAACGGGCGCUAAUGAUCUUGUAGAGCCAAUGGAGUUUCUCUUUGUCAAAGUCGUGAAAGCUCGAAAUCUUCCGACAAUGGACUUAACCGGAGGUCUAGAUCCGUACAUCCAAGUCAAACUCGGAAACUUUACCGCGAAAACGAAACAUUUCGAGAAGAAUCAAAACCCGAUUUGGAACGAAGUUUUCGCUUUCUCCAAAUCCAAUCAACAAUCAAACGUUCUUGAAGUCGUUCUCAUGGACAAAGACGUGAUCAAAGACGAUUUCGUCGGUUUAAUCCGGUUCGAUCUCAACGAGAUUCCGACACGUGUUGCACCAGACAGUCCUUUAGCUCCAGAAUGGUACAGAGUCAACCACGAGAAAGGAGGCGAGGUUAUGUUAGCUGUUUGGUUCGGUACUCAAGCCGACGAAGCGUUCUCAGACGCAACAUACUCAGACGCUUUAAACGCUAUUAACAAAUCGAGUGUGCGUUCUAAAAUCUAUCAUUCUCCGAGGCUAUGGUACCUUCGCGUUAACGUCAUCGAGGCGCAAGACUUGGUUAUCGUACCAGACCGGACUCGGUUUCCAAAUCCAUAUGUCAAAAUCCAGUUAAGUAACCAAAUGGUUCGAACAAAACCGAGUCAAUCGCUUAAUCCGAGAUGGAACGAAGAGUUUACGCUUGUCGCGGCUGAACCAUUUGAAGAUCUAAUCGUCUCGAUCGAAGACCGAAUCGCGGUUAACCGAGAGGAAACGAUUGGAACGGUAAGGAUACCGAUCGGUACAAUCGAUAAACGGAUUGAUGAUAACCGGACUGUGCCUAACCGUUGGUUUAGUCUUGAAUUUGAAAACCAGAGGAGAGUAAGAUUUGCUACUACAAAGCUUCAACUGAAUGUUUGUCUAGAAGGAGGUUAUCAUGUUCUUGAUGAGUCUACUUAUUACAGCAGCGAUUUCAGACCGUCGAUGAAAGAACUGUGGAAUCGACAACAACCAUCGAUUGGUGUUCUUGAAUUAGGAAUUUUAGGAGUUGAAGGCUUGAAUCUAAGCCAAGAAGGGAAGAAAGAGACCGUUGAUGCUUACUGUGUGGCUAAAUAUGGAACCAAAUGGGUCAGGACUCGGACCGUUACGGAUAGUUUAAACCCGCGGUACAACGAGCAGUAUACGUGGGAGGUUUACGAGCCAGCGACUGUGAUUACGAUUGGCGUUUUCGAUAACAAUCAGAUCAAUGGCGGUAUUGGUAACGGUAACGGUAACAAGAGAGAUGGGAAGAUUGGGAAAGUCAGAGUUCGAAUCUCGACGCUCGAAUCAGGAAGAAUCUACACGAAUUCGUAUCCGCUUCUUGUUCUUCGACCUUCAGGUGUGAAGAAAAUGGGGGAAUUGCAUUUGGCGAUUCGGUUUUCUUGCACAUCGAUGUUUCAGAUGCUUCUUCAGUAUUGGAAACCGCUUCUUCCGAAAAUGCAUUACGCGAGACCGUUGAAAGUCGUCCAGCAGGAGAUUCUCAGGCAGCACGCCGUCAACUUAGUGGCGGCUCGGUUAAGCAGAGCUGAGCCGCCGCUAAAGAAAGAAGUGAUCGAAUACAUUUCGGAUUCAAAUUCGCAUUUUUGGAGCAUGAGGAAAAGCAGAGCGAAUCUCUCUAGGCUGAGAUCGGUUUUCUCUUGUUUACUAGGUACCGGAGAAUGGUUUCAAGAUAUCUGCAGGUGGAAGAAACCGGUAGCCUCUACAGCGGUMCAUGUACUCUAUUUUGCGUUUGUGUGUUUACCGGAGAUGAUUCUUCCGGUAAUGUCUCUUUGCUUGUUCAUGUUUGGAGUAUGGAACUACAGAUUGCGCCCGCGACAACCUCCACACAUGGAUACAAGACUCUCAUUUGCAGACAAUAUUCAUCCUGAAGAGCUUAGCGAAGAGUUCGAUACAUUUCCUUUUUCUUCUCAAGACCCGGGGAUUGUAAAAAUGCGGUAUGAGAGGUUGAGAAGUAUAGCAAGUAGAGCUCAAACGGUUGUUGGAGAUAUCGCGGGUCAAGGAGAAAGAGUUCAAGCUCUGUUAAGCUGGAGAGAUCCAAGAGCAACUUCGAUUUUCAUGGUGCUUUGUUUGGUUUCUUCUGUGGUUUUGUUUGUUGUACCGUUUAAGGUUUUUGUUCUUCUCGCCGGAAUAUACAUCAUGAGACAUCCAAGAUUCCGGCGAAAGACACCUCCUGGUCCGGUUAAUUUCUUCCGACGACUUCCUGCAAAAACAGAUUGUAUGCUGUAG